AUGUCUCUGCAGAUCAGCGAUCCAUUAAUAAAAAUUAUACCACCAUAUCGACAUCGGGCAGAAUCAUCGUGUUCAUCGGGAAGUGGAGGUGGUGGUGGUGUCCAGCGUGCAGUAACUCCAAAAUUAGGUACUGGGAAUAUUUGCAGUGGUGAUAAUAGCGGUCAAACAUCUUCUACCAGCUCACCUCAUUUCAACUCAUCCGAACUGCUGCAGAAUACAUCAAUCGGUAGCAGUUACGGCAGUGUCAAAUUAGCAACAACUACAUCAUCAAGCGGUACUGCAACAUCAUUUCCGUCGAGUUUACGAGCUGAGGGACCUGCAAUGCUUGUAGACGCAUUAUACCGUACUUCAUUACCACCACCAACAGUUGACAGAGCUAUGUUAAAUGCUGUAAUGUCUCAAUCAUUAGCAGUCCAUUCAAUGCGUGAUGAUGCUUGCAGUCCACCAAUGUCAAGUGGCAGAUCAUCAACAGCUCACAGUACACCUCCACCUGUUACUGCAUCAGUUUCGUUGAAGAAAGAUCAGUCAGUCUACGAAUUACCAAGUUCUUCAAAUGCAACUAUCUCUUUACCUUCAAAUGUUGCACUUCUCGGUGCAUCCGCACAAAAAAGCGAGUUAUCAACUGAUAUAGCAGAAGAAAAAGAUUUGAAUGGCAGUUUAAUAUCUCAACUAGAAAUCAAGCUGCAAAGUCGUACGAAUUAUGUUCCUAUAGACAAUGGUUCAGUUGCUAGUGUUGGAAAUAAAACUGUAAAAAGAAAAGCAGCUGAGGCCGCAGAGAGGCCGAAACGCCCUCGUAAUAACAAAGCAUGUAAAUCUAUGAAAGCAUUACUCGAAUCGGUUGGGCCUUUGAUCUCGGAAACAGUUUCCGAUUUUCAACGGGAGCGAUUAAAUGAGCGCGAUAGUAGUAUGACAACUGCUGCAAUAUCUCAUUCAACUGCUCCUUCAACUUCUGGAGAACAUGAAAUAACAACUUGUACAGAUUCGGCAAGCACUUCAACGGCUCACUGUACUGUAGUGACGUGUUCUUUGACGUCAACGCAGCAGCAACAACCGUCAACGUCAACAGUAACAACAUCAACGUUUGUUGGUGUACCACUUAUAAGGGCACAACCAAAGGCUGUAGUAAGUCCGGAUGCUGGUGCGGCGGUUAUAGCGGUGGAUCGUACUCACGUUGCAUCAUCAUUGCCAUCAACAUCUGGUGCAGCUGGAGCUACAACAUCUCUUUGUCCCGUGUCUCAACAAUCGGUAGCUUUUCCACAAUCGAUGGAAGAAUUGCUGGAACGGCAAUGGGAGCAGGGAUCACACUUCUUGAUGAGUCAUGCACCAUUUGAUAUUGCACAACUUUUGUCAUGUUUGCAUGAGUUGAAAAUGGAAAAUAUUCGUUUGGAAGAAACAUUAUCACAGCUUGCUAGGCGGCGAGAUCAUCUUCUUGCAUUAAAUACCAGGUUGUCACUAUCGCUGGCAAGCGGCUCUUCAUUGGGCCUUGGUACCAGUCCGCAUCAUUCACCACGGAUCAGUGCAGCAGGUAGCGGUAUUCCAUUAGCUUCAACCAGCAGCAUGCAGUCGAACAGCGGCAUCUCAUCAACACAGUGUACAACACAAUCUACCUCCUCUGCAUCCAUUUCAAGUCUCCCAUCAAUUGUACCUCUACCACCAACAACAGUGUGUGGACAACAACAACAGCAACAGUCCCUUCAGGCAGCUGCUGGUUCUGCAGUCAUCUCUUUUUUGAAUCCAUUUUGUUCCACCCUUCCACCCAUUAUCGAUGAUUCGCUGAAUCAGCUGCGUUCCCUUGCAAAUAACGGAUCAGUGAUCACAAACCGAAGUAGUCAUACACCACAAGCUGCUGUAGCUGCGGCUGCUGCUGCUGCUGCGGUCGCUGCUGCCGGACAAUUGGCUGGUACCACUGCUGGUACAGAAAACCGACAAACACCUGUAGCUAGUACUGCUGGUACUGCAUCAGUGCAACAAGCUUCACUUCCUUCCAGUCGAAUUCCAUCGGCAGCGUCAGCGAACACGGGGAUAAGUACACCCUUGUUGGCGAAUUUCACUAAUGCACAACUUGCAACAAGUAUGUCAUCAACAGCCGCUGUAACAAAUGCACUGGAUCUGUUUGGUGGAUCACAGAAUAAUGCCCACCUGACACUGACUUCCGAACGGCAACAAAUGGCUGCAGCAGCAAUUGCUGCUGCGGCUGCCGCGAAUGCACUAGGUGGAAAUUUUGUUGCUCCUCGGACACCAACUCAUUCGAGCACAGCCGUUUCUGGGACAUCUUCUAUAGGACAACUCGCUUCUACGGAGUUACUGGCGCAGUAUGCAUUGUUGGCUCAGCAACAGUUACUCCAUCAGCAAGCAGCAGUGGCAGCUUUAAGUGCGAGGUACGGAAGCCAGGUGAUAUCGAGCAGUUCGACUUCGCCGCAUUCCACAUCGUCAAAUUCGCAACUUUCAUCAAAUCCUCAUUCGGGGAAAUAG